AUGAGUUUUGCCAUCCACGCAUUUGCUGAAUCGUUUUCUUUAUUUUCGGAUGUGUCGAAUGGAUCUUCAAAUUGGACAAACAGCAAUGCUACGGUUCCUCGACCACUAGGAAACCAGAUGGUAGUUAAGGAGCCGUUAGCUUCAACGGUUUUUAAAGUUCUAGCUUUGGCAAUCGUCAUAAUUCUAUCCCUGGUCGGGAAUUUCGUCACAAUUUCCUCAGUUUAUCAGAAUAUGAACAGACGAAUGCGAACUCUGAGCAACUAUCUGAUUGUGAAUCUAAGUGUGGCGGAUCUGCUUGUUACUGUAUGUAACAUACCACGAAUAAUUUCCAUAUUGUUAGUGGGUUACGAGUGGUUGAUAAGAGGAAAGUUUGCUCUUUUCUUGUGUAAAGUCACCAGCGCUGUACCUUUUGUUGCUUUGCUGGUUUCUACUUUGAGUUUUACGUUUAUCGCUUUGGAUAGAUUCUUAGCAGUAUUUUAUCCACUCCGACGCCCCAUGACCAGAAAAAUUAUGGUUGGAAUAAUCGCCUUCACGUGGAUUCUGUCAUGCUGUUGCUACGCUCUGGUAUUCCACUACGCAACGCUGGUAGAAAUAAAUGAAAAGACAUAUUGUGCUAACCGUAUUGUGAGAGAUCUUUUGAAAUCACAAGAAAAUUUCCGUACUUACUUGAUCUGCGAUUUUAUUCUCGUGACUGGAAUACCGAUUGCUACGACCACAAUAUUGUACAUCGUAAUUGGGGUGAAAAUGUGCACUCGGGUAACUCCAGGGAAUCAAACUGCCGCCAAUGCCGCGCGGAAUCGUACAGUUAAUCGUAAGGUGAUAUCUAUGCUUGUUGCAGUCCUCAUUGCAUUCUGCAUUUGUUGGAUGCCAACUUGGGUUGCCUUGGCCUGUUUGAAUGUGCCACCACCGAGAAUGUGCCACAAUGAUGACUUCGCUUACAUCAGGUAUUUCCUGUCCUACUCAAACAGUGCAGUGACACCGUAUGUCUACCCUGUUUUCAAUCAGAGUUUUCGAGAAGGUUACCUGCAUGCUUUGAGGCAAAUUGCUUCAUGCUGCUGUUUUCAGGGGAUUUGUCAACGCUGCGGCAAUAAUCGAGUGCUCCCGUCAGAAGAAAGAACGACAGCUACUAUUGCUUCUAGAACGGACAGAACGCGCUUUAAUACCACUGUGCUGUGA